AUGGCAUUUUAUGUAAAAUCAAAUAGAACCGUAGGAGAAGAUAUUGUUAAUGUUAAGAAGAUUUUACCUAAUUAUUUAAAAAAUCCGCGACCCGGAAAUAGCAAAAGCAGCGUGGUUGUUCUGUAUCACGAUAAAUCGGUCGUGCCUGCCUCAACAUCCACCGAACCACCCCUCAGAGCCACCCAGUCGGAACGUGUGAUUCCACGUGAUUCUAAUCUGUCCGCGGACACUGUUCAAACGCUGCGUCGCGAAAGGUCGAGUCCGUUGGAAACACCGGAAGAAGGCUCUCCUACGUAUCCGAUUGACCGAGGAAAAGAUACUUUGAGACGACGUCGGCGUCCAUCGAAGCGGCAAAGGCCACUCAACGUGCACAUUUAUCAGGGCAGUCGCGUACUCCAGGUCGCAUCCUUGUCGAAGGAUCAUCGCGUCCCGUCGAAAGAGGUGCGGUUGGCGGAACAGAGAUCCGAUCCUGUGAGAUACACGGUCAGGUCGGCGAAAAAUUUGAUUAGAUCAGAAGAGGGAUCUUCUACACGCCAGGACGACGAUUCGGGUGAUCUCGAUCAAGCUGGAAGAUCGGACAAGCAUUGGGAGUUCGAUAGAACCUUCGGGGAACGAUGUCGUCCCUCUGAUAAUUCCGUUUUGAAACUAAUGGCUCGUCCCAGGUAA